AUGAUUGAUGGGCGGGGGACAGGAAGGGAACGGGUGGGGGAGAUGAGAAGGACAGAAGGGGAAAGACAAGGGGGAGAGGGGGAAGGACAGAAGGGGAGAGACAGAGAGGGGAGGAACAGGGGGGAGGACAGAGGGGGAGAGACAGAGACGGGAGGAACAGGGGGGAGGACAGAGGGGGAGAGACAGAGGGGCAAGGACAAAUGUGGAGGGACAGAGGGGGAAGGACAACCCUCCCUCCUCCCUGCUUCCCCCCUCCAUCCCCCCUGCUUCCCCCAUCCCUUUCCCUGCUUCCCCCCAUCCCCUUCCCUGCUUCCCCCCAUCCCCUUCUCUGCUUCCCCCCAUCCCCUUCCCUGCUUCCCCCCAUCCCCUUCACUGCUUCCCCCCAUCGUCUACCCUGCGUCCCUCCAUCCCCUGCCCUGCUUCCCCCAUCCCCUGCCCUGCUUCCCCCCAUCCCCUGCCCUGCUUCCGCCCACCCCCUACCCUGCUUCCCCCCAUCCCCUUACCAGCUUCCCCCCAUCCCCUUCCCUGCUUCCCCCCAUCCCCUUCCCUGCUUCCCCCCAUCCCCUGCCCUGCUUCCCCUCAUCCCCUUCCCUGCUUCCCCCCAUCCCCUAUCGCUGGCAGUUCCCCCCGUCGCUCGUAUUCCCCAUGCUCGACACCCUCGCUCGUUGGGAAAAUGCCUGUCGCAAGUGCGGGCCCUGCGCGUCGCCCAGCCUUUCUCAUUCUGCCGCCAUCUCUCAUUCCUUCGCACCUUCCCUCAUUCCUUCCCAACCACAUAUAAUUCCUUCAGGGAUUCUCACCCUCUCUCUUUCCUUCCCACCCUCUCAUUCCUUCCCACCUUCUCACAUUCCUUCCCACCCUCACGAACCCAUUCCUCUCUCUCCCUUCUCCCGCACUCUCUCUCUCUCCUUGCACCCGCACUCUCACUCUCCUUCCUCCCACACUCCCUCUCUCAGGGAGAUAGGGGAGAUAGGAAAGAGGGGGGAGAGGAAAGCAGGGGUGAGAGGGAAAGAAGGAAGUACCGUAAGAAGAGGGAGGAUAGGGGAAGGAGGGGACGCAAGGGGGGAAAGGAGGGGACGCAAGGGGGGAAAGGAGGGGACGCAAGGGGGAAAAGGAGGGGACGCAAGGGGGAAAAGGAGGGGACGCAAGGGGGAAAAGAAGGGGACGCAACGGGGAAAAGGAGGGGACGCAAGGGGGAAAAGGAGGGGACGCAAGGGGGAAAAGGAGGGGACGCAAGGGGGAAAAGGAGGGGACGCAAGGGGGAAAAGGAGGGGACGCAAGGGGGAAAAGGAGGGGACGCAAGGGGGAAAAGGAGGGGACGCAAGGGGGAAAAGGAGGGGACGCAAGGGGGAAAAGGAGGGGACGCAAGGGGGAGAAGGAGGGGACGCAAGGGGGAAAAGGAGGGGACGCAAGGGGGAAAAGGAGGGGACGCAAGGGGGAAAAGGAGGGGACGCAAGGGGGAAAAGGAGGGGACGCAAGGGGGAAAAGGAGGGGACUCAAGGGGGAAAAGGAGGGGACGCAAGGGGGAAAAGGAGGGGACGCAAGGGGGAAAAGGAGGGGACGCAAGGGGGAAAAGGAGGGGACGCAAGGGGGAAAAGGAGGGUAAGCAAGGGGAGAAAGGAGGGGAAGCAGCGGGGGAAAGGAGGGGAAGCAGGGGGGGAAAGGAGGGGACGCAAGGGGGGAAAGGAGGGGACGCAAGGGGGAAAAGGAGGGGAAGCAGGAGGGGAACGGAGGGGAAGCAGGGGGGGAACGGAGGGGAAGCAAGGGGGUAAAGGAGGGGAAUCAGAGGGGGGAAAGGAGGGGAAGCAAGGGGGAAAAGGAGGGGACGCAAGGGGGAAAGGAGGGGACGCAAGGGGGGAAAGGAGGGGACGCAAGGGGGAAAAGGAGGGGACGCAAGGGGGGAAAGGAGGGGACGCAAGGGGGAAAAGGAGGGGACGCAAGGGGGGAAAGGAGGGGACGCAAGGGGGGAAAGGAGGGGAAGCAAGGGAAGGAAAGGAGGGGAAGCAAGGGGAGGAAAGGAGGGGAAGCAAGGGGAGGAAAGGAGGGGAAUCAAGGGGAGGAAAGGAGGGGAAUCAAGGGGAGGAAAGGAGGGGAAUCAAGGGGAGGAAAGGAGGGGAAUCAAGGGGAGGAAAGGAGGGGAAUCAAGGGGAAGAAAGGAGGGGAAUCAAGGGGAGGAAAGGAGGGGAAUCAAGGGGAGGAAAGGAGGGAAAUCAAGGGGAGGAAAGGAGGGGAAUCAAGGGGAGGAAAGGAGGGGAAUCAAGGGGAAGAAAGGAGGGGAAUCAAGGGGAGGAAAGGAGGGGAAUCAAGGGGAGGAAAGGAGGGGAAUCAAGGGGAAGAAAGGAGGGGAAUCAAGGGGAGGAAAGGAGGGGAAUCAAGGGGAGGAAAGGAGGGGAAUCAAGGGGAGGAAAGGACGGGAAUCAAGGGAAUCCGCGCCUCAUCCCCUUCCGCGCCUCACCCCCUUCCUCGUCGUCCCCUUCCGCGCCUCAUCCCCUUCCGCGCCUCUCCCCUCCCUCUCCCCCUCUCCCCUCCCUCUCCGCCUCUCCCCUCCCUCUCCGCCUCUCCCCUCCCUCUCCGCCUCUUCCCUCCCUCUCCGCCUCGCCUCUCCCCUCCCUCUCCGCCUCUCCCCUCCCUAUCCGCCUCUUCCCUCCCUCUCCGCCUCUCCCCUCCCUCUCCGCCUCUUCCCUCCCUCUCCGCCUCUCCCCUCCCUCUCCGCCUUCCGCCGUCCCCGUGUCGACCUGCCGCCCCCAUUCAACCUUCUCGCUGCUCGUCCGCUCAGGUUGUUUGGUAUGCACGAAAUGUUAA